GCGAUUUAUAAAAAUCGUAGCAAAUGUAAGCCGACAUAAAUCUAUAAACGUUAUUCCGGCGCUAACAAAUAUGUCACCCGGCUCGGUCGCUAGUGCAAAAAACAUGUCAGAAAAUACAGAAGAACAGAAUAAAGUUAAAGAUAAUUUAGUGUUUAAUGAUAAAAUAAAUACUUUCAGUGAACAACGUGAAAUUAAAAGUGUAGAAAAUAAGGAUAUUGAUACUGUUAUCAAAGUUAAAAGUGCUAUCCCUAGAAGACGACAGGAUCUACUGAAAUGGUACGGAUGGGGCUAUCAGGACUCGACCUUUAAAAUUUCUGAUGGUGUAGCAAUUUUCACUGGAAACAGAUACUUGCUGGGUGGAAAAAAAUUACCGCACGCUCUACAAUGGAUAAAGGAGUAUUUCAACGUGGAUAUAACCAAAGUAAUGGUGCCGCCACCACAACCCACAAGCUUUCAAGAGAGCAAGCUGCCGUUGAACAUAAAGGAGGAGUUGGAGAAGAUAGCGCCUCUGAGCACGGACGGUAUGGAUCGGCUGAUCAGAGCCCACGGACAGACCCUGAAAGACGUCUACUGUCUGAGGAAGAAUAACUUCCAGAAGAUACCUGAUGCCGUGAUAUGGCCGGAGACUCACCAACAGGUUGAAGAUAUUGUAAAGUGUGCGUCCAAACACCAGUUCGUGAUAAUUCCAUUCGGCGGCGGGACCUCGGUGUCCGGCUCAGUGACGUGUCCGGCGAACGAGGAGAGGCCCAUACUGCUAUUGGACACCACCGCCAUGAAUGCCAUCCUGUGGCUGGACAAGGAACAGCUCCUGGCCAGGGUCCAGGCGGGUAUAUUAGGCCAGGACUUGGAGCGCGAGCUGCGUUCUCGGGGAUUCACGGUGGGCCACGAACCGGACUCGUUCGAGUUCUCCACCCUCGGCGGCUGGGUCGCCACACGAGCCAGCGGCAUGAAGAAGAACACGUACGGGAAUAUAGAGGAUCUGGUCGUGCAGACCAAGAUCGUGACUCCUAAAGGCGUCAUCGAGAGGAAUUGUCGUGUCCCUCGUAUAUCGUGCGGCCCGGACUGGGAACACGUGGUGCUGGGGUCAGAGGGUUGUCUUGGAGUCGUCACUGAGGUGACAUUGAAGAUCCGUCCGCUACCGCCGUGUGUCCGCUACGGCUCGCUCGUCUUCCCCGAUUGGGAGGCUGGCUUCCACUUCGAGAGGGAGGUCGCCCGCCAGCGAGCACAGCCCUCCAGUAUACGACUCAUGGACAAUGAACAGUUCCGAAUGGGCCACGCGCUGAAAGUGGAACAGUCCUGGGGCGGAGUCGUCCUGGACGGGUUGAAGAAGUUCUACAUAACACGGAUCAAAGGCUUCGACCCGCUGAAGAUGUGUGUCGUCACUCUCCUGAUGGAGGGCAGCUCGGAGCAUGUCGCGCGCAGCGAGAAGAGACUGAACGCUAUAGCGGCGGAGUACGGGGGCGUGCCGGGAGGCGCCCGGAACGGGGAGAUAGGAUACACGCUCACCUUCGUCAUCGCCUACAUAAGGGACCUGGCUCUCGACUACGACAUAGUGGCAGAGUCGUUCGAGACCUCGGUGUCGUGGGAGCGGACCCUGGCCCUGUGCAGGAACACCAAGGAGCGAGUGCGACGAGAGUGUCGCGACAGGAACAUUAAAGAGCACAUCAUAUCGUGCAGACUGACGCAGACUUACGACGCCGGCUGUUGUAUUUAUUUCUACUUCGCUUUCAAGACCGACCUGAGCGCGGAUUCGGUUCGCGUCUACGAAGACAUCGAAGAGGCGGCUCGGGACGAGAUCAUUGCUAACGGAGGUUCGAUAUCUCAUCAUCACGGUGUUGGGAAGCUGCGCAAGAAGUGGUACACGCAGACGGUGAGCGAACCCGGGAGGCGGCUACUACUCGCCACCAAACAGGCUCUAGACCCCGACAACAUAUUCGCUUUGGGAAAUAUGGCCUACGACCAAUACAAAGCCGACGGGUUGGGCCUCAGGAGCAAGCUAUAACACAUUACGACGAGAAUAUUUAUAUGUUAAAUCCAUUUAAAUAUUCCGUUAACAUAGUCAAUUGUCGAUAUUUGCAAUUUCGAUGCAAAUGAUAGUAAUUUAAAUACAAUGAUACCUCACUCGGUUUUGGCCAUUUUAAUAUGAAGAUAUUUAAAUAAUAAUGUACGUUUGAUCUUGGUGAAUAGAUAAUAGUAAGGAUACUCUGUAAGACUACUUACACAUAUGAAUAUGAAGAAUUUUUAUACGAACGCCUCAUGAAAUUUAUUAGCAAAUUUCAUUGGAUACUGAUUUCGGAAAAGGGUUAGACGUUUUUAGACAGUUUACUGACAACAAAUUAAUACAUUCCUAUAUAUAAUUAAAAAAAAAAAAGUUGUCACACAAAAUUUUGACUUUGCUCAUAUUAAAUGUUUAUUUAAACUAUAAAAUAGCAGUAAGAAUGAGUUUUUUAAAAUAAUGAAUACAUUCCACAUGGAGCGGACGGCUGAAAAAUAAAAUUACCAUUUAUUGAUUAAGUUAUUAAAAUAUAUAUAUAUAUAUAUAUAUAUAUA